AUGCCUCAAGAUCAGACGACAAAACAUACGUUCGCGGCCUCGAUAAGUCUUAAUAAGGCGAAAGAGGAGAGUGAACAUCGCGCUACUCAAGCACGAUCCCCUGAAUACGACCCGCAGUCUAAGGGGAAGAAGGUAGGACCUUGGGGCUCGGGUGGUAAAGGGCGCAUCCUUACGAUUAACCAAAUGUGCGAGAUGAUAGAAGAGGAGCGGGAAGAGGCUAUCGAAAGAGAUUUGUUUGGGUAUAACGAUGACUUAGAAUUCCUCGAUGGUGAUGAUGGAUGGGACCAAGAAGGUCCCGGCGACUAUGAAGAUUGGGGCGCUUUACACAGUGAUUGGGACAAAUAUUAG